CACCACUCCACUGGCGCAAACCUCACCCCAUCUUCCUUCUCCAACUCCCCUCUCACCCACGCCCAACCCACCCCAUAUACCCCUUUAAAAUUUAUUCUAGAGACCUUUCUGUCUCCUUACAGUCAAAAUGGGUGCUAUUCCUGAGGCCGAUCCCGAUGAGCCCAUGGAGACCAAGCCCUUCAAGUUCGCAAUUGCUAAUUCCCCUCUUCACUCCAGGACCAAGCACUGCUGGCAAAACUACGUCGACUACUACAAGUGUGUCACCGCCAAGGGCGAGGAUUUCCGUCCAUGCCGUCAGUUCUACCACGCUUUCCGCUCCCUGUGCCCCAAGGCCUGGACUGACCGCUGGGACACCCAGCGCGAGGCUGGCAACUUCCCCGUUCGCCUGGACCACUAGACGAGUAACAAGUCAUUGUUGAUUGAUUUUUCAAGCAUUUUUUGUGUCAACAUGUACUCUACCUGAUCAAAGCGGGAAUACAAAUUCGUCCCUUGGAUUGGCUCGGGAGAAAAAUAUAUAUUGAUUCGCCGUAGUUGAA